AUGAGCACUCAGGACAAAAUCCAUUUCGGGCCCUUUGAGGUCACCGACCAGGUCUUCUUCAAGACGGCCCACUCCUUCGCCCUGGUCAAUCUUAAGCCCCUCCUCCCGGGCCACGUUCUCAUCUGUCCCCUGAAGCCUCACAAGCGCCUGACGGAUCUCCUGCCGGCCGAGGUCACAGACCUCUUCACCACGACGCAGCUGGUCCAGAAAAUGCUGGCGCGUCGCUAUUUCUCCUCAUCAUCAUCAUUGCCGGCGGCGCCGGAGGCAGGGUCCUUCAACAUCGCCGUGCAGGACGGCACGGACGCAGGGCAGACUGUGGCGCACGUCCAUGUGCACAUCAUCCCGCGCAUCCCGGGUGAGACUGGUAAAAACGGGUCCGGGCCAAAGGAUGAGAUUUACGAGCAAAUGGCUAGCGAGGAGGGAAACUUGGGUGGCGCGUUGUGGGAUAAGGAGUUGGGCAAGAGGCCGGAGGCUGGGGGACAGUUCGCGAGGAUUGAGGAUGCGAUGAGAAAGGCGAGGACUAUGGAAGAGAUGGUCGGAGAAGCGAAGUCCUAUCGGUCAUUGUUAAAGGAGAUGGGCGCUGUCAGUGAGAGGUAG